AUGGAGAAAAGCAAACCCACAUUAGAGAUCGAUAACAGCAAGAAAGGCCUGUCGUUCAAGAAUUCUAUCAAGAUACUCGGCAUCGUGAUAGACAGAAGAUUAUCGUUCUUCGACCACGCCGAGUAUUUGCAGCGAAAGGCCGAAACACUUGCGCUGAAAUCCAUCACGUUCAUUCGAUUGCACGCGACCCUCGAUCCUAAGGUCAGACGGCAGCUGUACCGCCAGGUUCUACUGCCGGCCGUGGCAUACGCUUCACCCGUGUGGUGGAGCGCGAAACCCGACUGCAGGCUCCGGGCGCGGCUCAAUACGGUGCAGCGGACGCUGCUACUGACGCUUACAGGCGCCUAUCGCACCACGCGCACGGAGGCGCUACAGGUGCUUCUCGACCAGCCGCCACUUGAUUUAGAACUUGACCGCCUCAACGCGGAAUUUGACCUGUUUCAAAGGCGGCGCACGGUCACUUACGGCGGCCAUACUUAUACACCAGCAGAUCUGUUGUAUCCGCACGAGUGCUGGCGAGACCACCCGUCGGAGGCGCGGGGCUUCCACUUCGUGCGCCUACACGAGAGCGAGGCGCCCGGGGCUUCCACUCGCCCGGGCACGCACGUUUUCACGGACGAGUCCUUCACCACUACAUCGGCCGGGGCUGCGGUCGUGGUUUUGACACCACGUGACAAAAUACUCAACGUGCUGCGGUACCGCCUGAGCGUGGCGUCGAGUGCGUACUGCGCCGAGGCGCUUGCCUUUGAGGAGGCGCUACGUUACGUCACGCUACGUUACGCUACGCUACGUUACGAACCGCUCAUUCGCUUGACGAAGCGGCUCAUGUUUUGCGGAACGCCUCCUUAA